AUACAGCAGCUCCGGUACUGUGAAGCCUCUUCAGUGGGUCAGGGGCAGCGUUGGCUGAACGAUGCGGUAGCCCAGGAGCAGGACUCACCGGGACGAGAUCGAUGGCUUGCAUGGAGCUUCUCUAUCUGGCUGAGGAGAGCAGGCAGACACCCCUGGGUACCAGUACUGGAUGGAGCCUGGCCUCGGCUCCCUACGAGCAGCAGCAGCAUGGGGGGGGUGAGGCAGACUCCAGAGCAGCUGCUGCCAUGGCAGCCCUGUGCUGCGAAAGGCAGUGCAAACCUCUGCAGAGGGACCUUGUGGCUGACACCCAACUGGCACCCCAGCCCUCCCCACUGGGCACCUCACCCCAUGAGCACCCUGCAGCCCCCAGCACCUCCCAGCCCUGCCACCUGCCCAACCACAUGCCUGGCGAGGAGGAUGGGGGCAAAAAGAAAGCCUGCUGCUGUGCUCAGGAACUCGAGACGUCGUUCACCUACGUGGAUGAAAAUGUAAACCUGGAGCACACAAGAAGUCCCACAGGCAACCAUUGCCAGGAUGCUGCUCUGCAGCAGUGUGCCUGCAGGGAGCUGCUGCCUGAGUGGGUGCACGAUUCCCCUUCUCUGGUCUCCGAGGAGGACGAUGCUGCCUCAGAGGCGGCAGCUGGGAAAUCUGUAGACUAUGGGUUCAUUAGUGCCAUUUUGUUCCUGGUUAGUGGCAUUUUACUGGUGAUCAUUUCCUACGUGGUACCCCGAGAAGUGACUGUGGAUCCCAACACUGUGGCUGCCCGGGAGAUGGAGAGGCUGGAGAACGAGAGUGCCAGGAUCGGGGCUCACUUGGACCGCUGUGUUAUUGCGGGGCUAUGUCUCUUAACCCUGGGGGGAGUGGUGCUCUCCAGCCUGCUGAUGAUGUCCAUGUGGAAAGGGGAGCUGUACCGGAGGAGCAGGCUUGCAUCCUCCAAGGAGUCUGCAAAGCUCUAUGGGUCUUUCAAUUUCAGAAUGAAGUCUGGUGCAAAUGAUAAUAUGCUCGAGCUGUCGUUAGUUGAGGAAGAUGUGCUUGCCAUAGAUAAUUAG